AUGUCCUUGAGUGGCAACACGAGCCAGUUUUCUCCAUCAACGACAGCUCUGCCCCUGCCCUUCAACAGCUCCACGGCUCCACGUUCCCUACCGUGGGAGAAGGGAAGAACCAGUCAAGAGUCUGUGCAGGAGUGGUUGGAGAAUAAGACCCAGCUCCUCUCAGACCUCGCUGUCCUCGGGCAUGAGUCGUGCCCUAUGUCAGCCGUCCUCACAGCGUGUCUAGUAGUUUGGUACAGCAUUACCAUGGUGCUGGGGCUGGUGGGGAACACCAGCCUCAUCUGCAUCAUCGCCCGUCGUAGAGAAAAAGUCAAUGUCACCAGCAUUUUCAUCUGCAAUCUGUCAUUUUCUGACAUUCUGGUGUGUUUCUUCUGCCUCCCCUUCACUGUCAUAUACACGCUAAUGGACCACUGGGUGUUUGGGUCAUUGUUAUGCCGGCUAGUGCCGUUCAUCCAGUGUGUGUGUGUGACCGUGUCUGCGCUGUCACUGGUGUUCAUCGCUUUAGAAAGACAUCAGCUCAUCAUUAACCCCUCUGGGUGGAAACCAAGCAUUCCUCAGGCUUACAUUGCGCUUGUUCUCAUUUGGAUUCUGGCCUGCUUCACCUCCUCACCUUUCUUGGCCUUUCAGCUCCUCACAAAUGAGCCCUAUACCAAUACCAUCCUUCCCCAGUCUCCUCUCCAUCACCAAGCCUCUUCUCAGGCUUAUCUCAAUGCAUCUCCACCUCAACCAGUUUCCUACAUGUAUAAAAACUCAUCUGGGCUUCCAAAUUCAUACCGCACCCUCUUUUCUUAUUUCCCCACCUCCCCGCAUAUGGAGGCCUGUCUGGAGCGCUGGCCAUCCCAGCAACACAGGCUCGCUUACACCACAUGGCUCCUGCUGUUCCAGUACUGCGGUCCACUAUUGUUGGUCCUGCUCUGUUAUGUUAGAGUUUUUCUGCGCCUUCGCCACCGCAAAGACAUGCUGGACCGCUCCAGGACACCAGAGAGCCAGCGCAUGACCCACAGCCGCCGAAUCAACAUCAUGCUGGUCGCCCUCAUAACAGCCUUUGCUCUUUGCUGGCUGCCGCUCACCAUCUUCAACGUGGUGUCAGACUGGAACCAGGAGGCUCUGCCUGUCUGCCACCACAACCUGCUGUUCUCACUCUGCCACCUGCUGGCCAUGUCCUCCACCUGCAUCAACCCCAUCAUCUACGGCUUCCUCAACUCCAACUUUCGGCAGGAAGUGAGAGAAGUGCUCCUGCACUGCCGCUGCAGCCCACUAGAAGAAGAGUGUGAGCAUUUCCCCAUGUCCACUGUGCACAUGGAAGUGUCCCGCACCUCUGUGCCUCUCAACUGCAGGAGCAACUCUGUCUGACUUUGUUGUCACAACGUAAAGCAUA